AUGUUCAAAUCGUGCAUUAUCUUCGCGUUUCUCGCAUCGUUCGCCUGUGCUUCUGCUAAGCCUGCCUUGGUCGCUUAUGCCGCUCCAAGUGUCGUGACCGCACAAAGCUCGCAGUACAUUGCACGCAAUUACAACGGUGUUGCUGCCGUACCUGUCGUCGCCGCCGCAUACACUGCGCCCGCUGUAGCUGCUGCUCCCGUUGCUGCCGCAUACACUGCGCCCGCUGUAGCUGCCGCACCUGUUGCUGCUGCCUACACUGCGCCCGCUGUAGCUGCUGCUCCCAUUGCUGCCGCAUACACAGCACCCGUUGCUGCUGCCUACAGCGCGCCUGUCGCUUCGUACGCCUCAUACGCCUCGUACUAUCCCUACAACGCCGCUUACACUGUAGCUUUCUAAUCGUCCAUUAAAUGGAAAAACAUGACUCAGGGCUGGCUUCAAAUGGUAAAAACUGAAAAAGGCAACUAAAUUGGACUCUUAUUAAGGAAAAUGCAUUUUCGUUAUAACAAACUGGAAUUUUGUGUGAUCGUUGUUGAUUUUCGUUACAUAUUUGCAUUAUUGAAGACUUUCUGAAUGGCAAAACAAUA